UCUUCCUCGACCUCUUACCCUUCGGUCGCAAUAAUCGGUCGAAUACAGCGCAUGGGAGUCUGACCUAGUCAAGACAACCCGUACCCGAUAAUGCCGAAGGUGAUCAGCUACACGCCUCCCUGGCUAUCGCGCCCUUCUCCCGGCGCUUCCCUCUUCUCGAGCACGGCUUCGAAGGGCCUCGACAAAUCUUCGCAAAGCUUACGCCAAAAUGACGACUAUACUGGCCCGACACGGGUUCUCGCACAGAGGGGGAAUGAGGUGUUUACGGUGGUAGACAACCAGAUCCGUUGGUCCAGCCUCACGCGGUUGAAAGACGAAUGGCAGCAGGAGAAGAGGUCGGCCAACGGCUCUGCAGGCCAGAAUGGACCCAAUACGCAGGAUGGAAGCUAUAGGGUUUUGGUUGUCCCGGUGUACGAGCGAAUUCGUCAACUCAUUCCCUCUCCGAACGGCGCAUUUCUGGCCAUUGUCGCGGACCAUACGGUCUUCAUCGCGGUUCUUCCUGACUCUUCGCACUUAUCGACGACCGACCAGUCUCCCAUCCGAAUCAAAACCUACCAGCUGGGCCCUACAACGCAUGUAAUUCCCGAAUCCCCGGUGAUGUCGGCAUUGUGGCAUCCUCUUGGAAUACACACCAACCUCGCUGGAUGUUUUGUCACCGUGACCGCAGAUGCUGCGGUGCGAGUUUGGGAGCUGGAUCGCAAUAAUCAUUGGUCUUUUGACCGUCCUACCUUGGCCAUCGAUCUGCGGAAGCUAGUGGAUGGCACGUCGUCGGAUCAGGACUUUACGCCCUCGGGCUUUGGAAAGAGCAAGGGAUUUUCCGCGGACUUUGUCGACAUGGAAGUUGCAUCUGCUUGCUUUGGGGGUACGGGUAGCGGGAAAGAGGAUGCCUGGGCACCCAUGACCUUAUGGGUGGCCAUGCGACCUGGCGAUCUUUACGUCCUAUCACCGUUGCUGCCUUCGAAGUGGCGCGCCCCCGCCACUACCAUCCCUUCGCUUUCUGCGGCUAUCAUCCCAAAACUGGCAGCUUUGCAGGAGGAUCCCGUUGAUAUGGAAGACCAGUUGACCGCAUGUCGCCAACAAUACGAUUGGUUAGCUGAGAUCGACAACCAGGAGCCCCUGUUGGUUGAUCUUGACGCGGACUCCGGGUCGGAAAUCUUGACCCGUCCCGCUAAUCCAAGUGCCAUCCCCAGAUUGCAGGGACCUUUCCGGGUGGACACUGGUGAUGAGCUCGAUGAUUUGGAUCUUUGUGAUAUCGUCGUGGUCGCUUCCAAGAUCGAUACCGAUGCUCUCAUGAUGGGCGAGGAAGAUGAACUUAUCCUGGAGGAUAAUGGGGAAGACAAGCUGUCGGCCACUGUUAUUUGCCUCUCGGCCGGCAGCGGCAGGGUCCAUGUCUGCCUCGAGCUCGAUGGAGUUGAAGGCCAAUGGCUACCUAAGGCGAAGAAGAAUGCAUUUAGGACCCCGGUGUCGGAACCUUCUGAUCUCGUCUUGGUCGAGUCGCUGGACACUCUGAAGGGAGAGCACACGUCAUUGAACAAUUGGCCAACAUUCACCAAGGAUGUCUUUUCGCCCUACAGCUUUUUUGUCACGAACUUCGAUAAUGUCACUUCCAUCUCGCUGUCUUCGUGGGUGCAACGACUUGAAGCCGAGCUCCAGGCAGACGACCCUGCCGGCUCUGGAUUCCGCCUGGAAGUGCUCUGCGAAGGCUCGGUCUCUAUCCGUGAGCGGCUGAUCCAAAUGGACGAGGGGGCCGCUGUGUCGCAAGAGCAGCCACUCAACUUGUCAUCUUGUCUGGUCUAUUAUGAUUACGAUAUUGGCUAUCUACUGUUGACCUCCCACGCCAGCCAUCCAUAUGCUGCUAUCAUGGAUUCGCCGGAGAUCACAUUCCCGGAAAUGGCCAACUUACGGAUCGACUCCGAUUCCCACGAACUUGGCUCCGCGAUGCCUCCGCCGCGAAGACCUCCUUAUCAGGUUCCUUCCAUUUUCUAUGCAGACUCGCCGCUAGAAUUCUUUGUCGACAAGCACGUCCCACAUCGUCAGCGCCAAAGUCUUAGGGAGCAAGUUCGCUUGUCUCCGGCAACACUGGAUCUGGUCGCAGCAGCACAUCGGACAUUGUCCUCUCACACCAACGCCCUUGAAAGGGCUGCCUCCGAUCUGUUCCGUCGCUGUGAGCGGCUGCAAGGGGAACUGCAAGAUCAACUCAAGCAGCUCUCCGACGUAGCCGAGCGGAUCAGGUACGUGUCCAGUGAGGUUGGUGAGGACGGUGAGCGCAAAGAAGGAUCCAGAAGCGGUGAGGCCUUGGAGAACAGACUGCAAGGUGCGAAGGACAGACAAACUCAACUUGUCCAGCGAUAUGAGAAAUUACGGAACAAGGUCCUGAAGUCGGGCGGGCGCCCACUUAGUGAGAGAGAGAAAUCUUGGGCAUCUGAGGUGGACAUGCUCUCCGGAUCAUUCGAGAAUCCCAAGCAGGAUAGCCAGGAGAAUAUUCAGCAAUUAUCCCAGCGUCUGGAUGCGGCCAAGGAAAUUGCAUCAGAACUCCUGUCCGAGGCGAAAUCUGUUGCAGUGAAGUCCCCUGUGCCCGCUGAACCCGGCAGCCCCGCGUCUCCAUCGAGCGCACAGCCAAGAGUACCUCACAGACUUCAACGCGCGAGGAUCGCAGAUGCGAUGAAGAUGGUUGAACGAGAGUCUGCCGUCAUCGACGCAAUCACAUCACGUCUGGACCGACUUACCACAAGUUUAUAAGCAUGAAUCUGCUCGGUUUGCAAUGUAGAAGCCAUGUCAUUGAAUGCCAAGUAUACGAACAGGUGAAAAAGUGGGUUACUACUUUGAUAUCGGACUGGAGAAAUACUUGAUCAUGGAGUUGUCUUCAACGCGCAUUUAAUUUAGAGAUGCAUCGAUACCAAUCUUACUUUUUUCAUUGAAGAUACAAAAC